AGUAACUCAUUCUCACAAACAAAUUGAAUGCCGCCUGUGACGCAAUCCUCCCAAAAUUAACACACAACGAUCAAACAUUCCAAUUCAAUAAUUUAUUUGAAUAAAAAUAAAAAGAAAGUCUGUGAAAAAACCUGAAUUCGUAUCCAACUCCAACUCAAACAACAUGACGGCUGCUCCUAUAAAGAAAUCCCCAUCGGCUCCUCUUCUCUAUUUGCUCUCUGUAGGCAGAUCAUCAGGCGGCGCCGGAACCGGAGCAGGACCAUAUGCCGCUUCCAAUCUCUAUUCUGUUUCUCACAUAACGGAAACCAUGAAACGCGCCGUUUCUGCUGUCCUCCUUUUCUGUUUCGUUUCCGUUUUUUUAUGCGUUUCCUUUUCUCUUUAUUCAUCUCGCUAUCCAAUUUACGCCGCUACUCCUCUUCUUGUUCAUCAAUCUACCAAUAAUCUUAUUCAAGAUCUUAAUCUCAGCCUCCCUCAUCCUCCACGCACCGUUUCCAUUGAUUCCAAUUUUAUUCCUUCUGUUUCCGUUCUAUUCCCGGGCUGGGAGGUUCUCCUCGUCGUCUCGUCCCCGGAGGUGACAACAAUACCGAACAACACUGAUCAUCAUAAAUUCACUUGUUUGUACCCUAACAAUGUUGCUUCUCCCGCCAGAUUUUCUGGAAUUUUGCCUUCUACCAACCAGAUUACCUUCAAGUGCUCCCUUCCCAGAAAUUGUCGCCGGAGAUUACCGUUUUUGGCUCCGCUAUUGACCAGAUUGUCCGAUAAGGAGUUACCGGUUCCCUGGCCGCCGUCAUCACCUCCGGUGGAGUUGUUAAGAUGGAAUAAACUCGUUUACGAGUCGUUUUCCACCGAGGACGACGUCGUUCUGUUUGCUAAAGGUUUAAACAAUCGGCAAGGGAUUAACAGGUCCCCCGACGAGUUCGAGUGCGUGUUCGUCGAUGGUAUUAACGCCGUUAGGACUGCCGUUACUAGCUCAAUACAAGAGGUGUUUAGGUGUCGUCAUCCGGAUUUAACGCCGUUUUUUUCUGGCGCGCAACAAGGAGAGAAUAAUAAUGAGCCAAUCAAACUCAAAGUAUCUCUCGAAAUAAUAGAGGGCAGAACUGUAAUUCCGACUCUGGCGUAUUACACACCUUAUCAGCGUAAGAUAGCAGAAUCGGUUACAAAAUCAGAACUGUGCGCCGCUACAAUGGUUUACAACGUAGGGAAAUUUCUGAAAGAAUGGGUAAUGUAUCAUUCAAAAAUUGGAGUUGAUAAGUUUAUACUAUACGAUAAUGAGAGCGACGAUGAUUUAAUUAGUGUGGUUAAAGAGCUUAAUCAACAAGGUUUUAACGUCCAAACGUUGCUCUGGAUUUGGCCUAAGACGCAAGAAGCCGGUUUCUCACACGCCGCUUUACUCGCCGGAGAUUCAUGUAAAUGGAUGAUGUACGUUGACGUCGAUGAAUUUGUGUUUUCACCUUCAUGGGAAACUCAAUCUCAGCCGUCUGAUCAAAUGUUAAAAUCCCUACUUCCAUCAUCAGAUGAUGAUUAUCAUAGUCAAAUGACAGGAGAAGUUUCGAUCAAGUGCAACGAAUUUGGACCGUCGAAUCGGAAAUCACAUCCGGCGGAAGGCGUGACGCAAGGAUACGAUUGCAGACGGCGGUUAGAGAAUCGGCACAAAUCGAUCGUGCUAAUCGAAGCAAUCGACGAUUCGUUGCUGAAUGUGAUACAUCAUUUUAGUUUGAAAGAACAGUAUAGAAUGAUACAGCUGAGAUUGGAAACGGCGGUGGUGAGCCAUUAUAAGUAUCAAGCGUGGUCGGAGUUUAAAGCCAAGUUUAGAAGAAGAGUGUCUUCUUAUGUGGUGGACUGGAAUAACACGGUGAACCUAGCUUCUCAGGAUAGGACGCCGGGGUUAGGGCACGAGGCUGUGGAGCCACCGGGAUGGGAAAAUAUGUUUUGUGAGGUUAGAGAUGAUAGGUUGAAGCUGCUGACUCAGAAAUGGUUCGGUACAGAGACGGAGUCAGGGUUCAGGAUGGCAUGGCAAAGUUGAACAUCAGGUUCUUGGACUCUUAAUUCGGUUGGUGCUAAUAUUUUUGACUAAAAAAUGUGGGGGAGGUUUUGUAAUUCUAACUUGUUUAGUUUCUUUUAGGUGAUAACAAAAAGCUCCAUUUUAAUUCAUUCUUUAAUUUCUCAUUUAA